CGUCAGGAUUUCAAUCCUAAAACUACACCUGGAGCAGAACUAUAACUUUUCAGAUAAUCCGUUUAUCAAAAAAACACUUUUCAGAUAAGCCAUCUUCUGCAUUGCCAAUACAAACUCUUUACUUUUCAUAUCAAAUGGCAGAAACAACCAUAAAUCCGGGGAUUAAGAGGAUUGCAGUUGUAACCGGAGGCAAUAAAGGGAUCGGAUUUGAGAUAUGUAGACAGUUAGCUUCAAAUGGGGUCAGGGUGGUUUUAACUGCUAGAGAUGUAAGGAAGGGCAAUGAAGCAAUUGAAAAACUCAAGGCUGCAGGAUGCUCUGAUGUGGUUUUUCAUCAACUAGAUGUGAUGGACCCAACUACCAUUUCUUCUUUGGCAGAUUUCAUCAAAACCCACUUUGGGAAGCUUGACAUAUUGGUAAAUAAUGCGGGGAUUAAUGGAUCCAUAAGCAACCCAGAGGAACGAAGAAAAGUUAGCGCUGAUCAAAUUUUUGGUCCAAAUGCCAUACCUCUGAAGGAAAUCAUGAAGCAAACGUAUCAAACUGCUGAGGAUUGUUUGAGAACAAACUACUAUGGGACCAAGCAAGUAAGCGAAGCACUUAUUCCGCUUCUUCUAUUAUCCAAUUCGGGAAGAAUAGUAAAUGUCUCCUCCAUCUUGGGGCAAUUAAAGCUUAUUUCAAAUGAGAAUGCAAAGAAAGAAUUAGGAGAUGUUGAUGAUCUCACAGAAGAGAAAGUGGAAAAGGUGGUAGAGGGAUUUCUAGAAGAUGUCAAGGAGAAUUUGAUUGAAACCAAAGGUUGGCCUAUUAAUAUUUCUGCUUACAUAGUCUCCAAGGCAGCUCUUAAUGCAUACACAAGGGUUCUAGCAAGGAAGUACCCCAAAAUAGCAAUCAACUCCGUGAAUCCUGGAUAUGUCAGCACAGAUUUGAACCACAAUAGUGGAUUUUUGACUGUUGAAGAAGGUGCAAAAGGUCCUGUGAUGUUGGCUCUGAUGCCUGAAGGUGGGCCGUCUGGCCUCUUCUUUGAUCAAAUGGAAGUAUCAACCUUUUGAAUAAGAAAUAAUGCUACCCAAUGAGUACAUAAGGGAAGAAACAUGGAGAAUAAAAAUGUGUGUUGGAGAGAGUUGAAGUCUAAAGGGCUUAAACUUGUUUCUUUUGUAUUUGGUGGCCAUCAAUCAUCAUCCUUCUAUUGAUGUUAGGUUGAAGUAAAGUUUAAAUAUAAGUAGGGUUUGGGCUAGAGUUUGGCACACAAGUUCCUCUUGAAACAAAUCAACAAAAUUCAGGAAACAAGUUCUUUGUUGACCUA